AUGGCACCCAGCCGACUGAAUAUCCUGGUCCACACAGGCACUGGGACGACGGCAGAAUCUGUCCGCCACUGCAUGUAUACGCUCCGCCAUCUUCUGUCCCCAAACUACGCCAUCAUCCCCAUCAGUGAGACGGCCAUCCUGAAGGAGCCGUGGGCACAAACAUGUGCACUUCUCGUCUUCCCAGGAGGCGCCGAUCUUGGCUACUGCAGGGUAUUCAACGGCGAGGGAAAUAGACGCAUCAGCGAGUUUGUCCGGCGAGGAGGCGCAUAUCUCGGGCUCUGCGCCGGAGGAUACUACGGCAGCAGCAGAUGCGAAUUCGAAGUGGGCAAUAAAACCCUAGAGGUCGUUGGAAAUAGGGAGCUUGGCUUUUUCCCAGGAACCUGUCGCGGCGGCGCUUUCAAGGGAUUCGAGUAUCGCAGCGAGAAGGGAGCUCGAGCUAUCACGAUCAAGGCGGAAAAACAGACUUUGAAGGAUAAGCUGCCCGGAGAAUUUUCCGUAUAUUACAAUGGCGGUGGUGUCUUUGUUGAUAUGAACGCAACGGGAGGACGCAAGGUUGAGGUCUUGGCGUCAUACAAGGACGAUCUUGACGUGGAUGGUGGUGAGCAAAAGGCUGCAGUUGUUUUAUGCCAUGUGGGAGAGGGCAAGGCCAUCCUUAGCGGACCACACCCAGAAUUUGCCCCAGCCAACCUCAAUCCCCAGCCGGAUAUUCCAGGAUACAGCGAGCUAGUCGAUAAACUUGCCGCAGACGACAGGUCUCGAAUCAGCUUUUUAAAAGCCUGUCUAUCAGAACUAGGCCUCGAAGUUGCCCAAGACGACUACACGCCUCCAUCGCUGUCCAGUCUCCAUCUUACCGCCAUCGAUAGCGGCAAGGUGACGGAACUGCUAUGUGACUUGGGGGACGCCAUCGAGAAGGAGGAUGGCAAUGAGUUCAUCCGCGCAGAGGCAGAUACUUUUCAGAUUGUCUCUCAAGAUGGCCUAGAUUUGAGUGGGCUUCAAGAGAAUUUGCCACAGACUGAGGCUAUUGAUGACCCAAGCUCCGUUAUCAAGAAGAUUAUCCCUCAUGAGAAUAAAUUGCCUAGCGAUGAACUGACACCUCGUUUCAGCCACGAGAGAUUCUAUUCAAGCUUAAAACAUUACAGGAAGAUUGAUUCUGCGGCAGACCAAUGGGGCGAUGUCCUAUUAUAUGGAGAUGUGGUGACGAGCACAAACACACUCCUAGAGAAAAAUCCAAAAAUCAACACCAAACUGCCAACAGGUUUCACCUUUACCGCCUCAACGCAAGUCGCCGGACGUGGCCGCGGAACCAACGUCUGGGUUGCGCCCCCCGGCUCUCUUCUCUUUUCCGUCAUCAUCAAUCAUCCAGCUCACCUCGCCUCCUCACGCCCCAUAGUCUUCAUUCAGUAUCUCGCAGCCGUUGCCAUUGUCGAAGCCAUCCGCUCCUAUGACACGGGCUAUGAGAACAUGCCGGUCAAGUUGAAGUGGCCUAAUGAUAUAUAUGCUCUCGAUCCCACAAAACCAGCAUCUCCUCCGUCCUACGUCAAAAUAGGCGGAAUUCUGUCUCAAUGCAGCUACUUUGACGGUUCAUACCAAGUCGUCCUGGGAAUUGGCAUCAACGCAACAAACCCUCGUCCAACAACCUCUCUUUCCGAUUUGCUCCCACCCAACGUGUCGCCGCUUCACUUGGAAACUCUCCUCGCCCGCAUCCUCACUCGUCUAGAGUCCAUCUACGAACAAUUCCGCCGCGAGGGUUUCUCCCAGGGCCUGGAGUCAAGGUACUAUCGCCAUUGGCUACACACGGGACAGUCCAUCACGCUAGAAGCUGAGGGUGGUGUCAAGGCAAGAGUGGUCGGCAUCACUCGCGACUGGGGAAUGCUGCGUGUAGAGGAGACGGACGCUGAAGGACGAGGGAUUGGAAAAGUGUGGAGUCUGCAAAGCGAUGAGAACAGCUUCGACUAUUGGAAGGGUCUGGUCCGUAGAAAAGCCUAA